GCGACGGCGGCGGCUGCGGCUCAGUCUCGUGAUGACCGGUCUGGAGUGGAACAUGUGCUCCCGGUGGCCGAGCCUCGGCCUCGCUCUUCUCGUCCUCGUGUCCCUCCUCCACGCCGCCAACCCCCUCGCUCAUGAUGCAGAGUCGAGCAAGGUGUUGGAAGCCGCGGUGGAGAGCGACGAGAUGAUAAUUAGCUUCAACCACAUCAAGCCGCGAAAAAGACUCCGCGGAGAUGUCGAGACUCUAUUCUCGGUCGAGUUCCCGGGCUCGUUCCAUAAGUUCGAGAUCCAGCUGGACCGGAGAGCCAAACAAGUGGUUUUGGAAAUCUUUGAGAACGGUCAGAAGCAUAAACAACAUUUCACGGUGAAAGCUUUGGACGAGGACACGGCUAUCCGUUCUCUGAUAUUCGUGGUGAAUCAAGAACACAUAAAGCCGGUCAUCUCCCUUCACUUCAACUGUCAUUCCUACGGAGUCGUCAGUCUUCCGGUGUCCUUGCGACAUCUCUACAAAUCCAUGACGACGCCUUCAUUACAAAUCUACCGAGAACGUCGGUAUCCUUUGGAGAUCGACACGGACACGGACAUCGACACAGUCCUCGAGAACCAUGAUUGUUCCGACACAGAAAACAUGUUGGCCGACCAACGGAGCCGAGGGCCUCCGUCACCUCCUGUCCCAACGCUCAACGAAAUCAAUCGAGGCGACAUUCCAAUAAUUCAUGAUUGUGAUGAUAACUUGCUCAUUAAAACCAUAAACGAUCUAAUCCAAGUGGUGAAAAGACUUCGUGAGGAGCUCGAGUCCCAGCGACGAGAAACACAAAGUCUCCGCGAUAUCCUGGAGCGGUGUGACUUCUGCAGACCAGAGAGCGCAUCCUUGAGGAUAACUUGCGAGAGUGUACCACCGCCUUGCUUCCCCGGUGUUGAAUGUCGGGACACAGCAGAGGGACCCAGGUGCGGCCGCUGCCCUCGAGGAUACGUCGGCGAUGGAAAGUCCUGCAAACGAGGCACCACUUGCGCCGAUCACCCUUGUUUUCCAGGGGUCCAGUGUUACGAUACGGUAGAGGGCUUCCAAUGUGGAUCAUGUCCGAAUGGAUACUCAGGUGAUGGCAGACACUGCAAACCAAGAGGAGGUUGUGAUCUUAAUCCUUGUCACCACGGUGUUCAGUGCGUUGAUACACAAGAAGCACCGUACUAUCGUUGUGGGGCAUGUCCACAGGGAUCCACCGGAAAUGGAACUAAUUGUCAUGAUUUGGAUGAGUGUGACUUGGUUGAGCCCUGCGACCCCCGUUGUCAGUGUACGAACUUGAACCCCGGUUACCGUUGUGAUCCGUGUCCCGUGGGGUUCACCGGGAGCAGCGGAGUUGAGGGCGUCGGUCUGGAACAGGCGUCCAGGAACAGACAACGCUGCUACGAUAUCGACGAAUGCGCCGAUGGACGCAAUGGCGGUUGUGCCUCCAACUCAGUUUGCCACAAUACAGAGGGCUCAUUUUACUGUGGCAGUUGUCGCAGCGGAUACGUUGGGAAUCAAACAACAGGCUGUCACAAUGCACCAGGACUCUGCCCCGAUGGCACGAGAUGCGAUCCUAAUGCUGAAUGUAUCAGAGUGGCAAGGGAACGAUACACUUGCAAGUGCAAAGUUGGCUGGGCUGGAGACGGCAGGACUUGUGGGCCAGAUAUAGAUUUGGAUGGUUGGCCUGACUACGAUUUGGGAUGUCAAGACCCCCGUUGUCGAAAGGACAACUGUGUGAAUAUACCGAACUCUGGACAAGAGGACGCAGAUGGGGAUCAAAUGGGAGACGUUUGCGAUCCAGAUGCUGACAAUGAUGGAAUUUUGAACAUUCCGGAUAACUGCCCCCUAGUUGCAAAUCCAGACCAACUGGACUCAGAUCAAGAUGGAGCAGACAAACAAGGAGAUGCGUGUGACAACUGCCCGACCAUUCCAAAUCUAGACCAAGACGACACUGAUAAGGAUGGAAUUGGAGACGCUUGUGAUUCUGAUAUUGACAAUGAUGGUAUCUUAAAUCACCAUGAUAACUGUCCAAAAAAAUCAAAUGCAGACCAGCGUGAUGAGGAUGGUGAUGGUCUGGGAGAUGUUUGCGAUAACUGCCCUCGGAUACCGAACCCAAGUCAGGCUGAUUCAGACAACGAUCUGGUUGGUGAUGCUUGCGAUAGUGACAUUGACAAGGAUAGAGAUGGAAUUCAGGACAGUGCUGAUAAUUGCCCAAAGAUCCCCAACAGUAAUCAACUGGAUACUGAUGGCGAUGGACGAGGUGAUGAGUGCGAUCCGGAUAUCGAUGGGGACGGAAUACCCAACAACCAGGAUAACUGCCGCUUGGCAUACAAUCCAAAUCAAGAGGACGUCGACGAAAAUGGAGUUGGUGAUCUGUGCCAAGAAGAUUUUGAUCUCGAUAAAGUUCCUAACUACUUGGACAACUGUCCCAACAAUUCAAAAAUAUAUUCAACUGAUUUCAGAACAUAUCAAACAGUGGUUUUGGACCCAGAAGGAGACUCGCAGAUUGACCCUAAUUGGGUCAUUUACAACAAAGGAGCUGAGAUUGUCCAGACCAUGAACAGUGAUCCAGGUUUAGCAGUUGGUUUUGAUGUAUUUGGAGGGGUAGAUUUUGAAGGAACAUUCUUCGUUGAUACAGAAAUUGAUGAUGACUACGUUGGAUUUAUUUUCAGUUACCAAGAUAACCACAAGUUUUACACUGUAAUGUGGAAGAAAAAUACUCAAACAUAUUGGCAAGCAACACCAUUCAGAGCGGUUGCAGAGCCGGGCAUUCAGCUCAAAGUGGUUCAGUCUUCCACUGGUCCAGGGCAAAUGCUACGAAAUUCCCUUUGGCAUACUGGUGAUACAGACAGUCAGGUUCGUCUGCUAUGGAAGGAUCCUCGGAACGUGGGCUGGAAAGAAAAAGUGGCCUACAGAUGGCUAUUGCUGCAUCGACCUCGCAUUGGUCUCAUUCGUUUGCGAAUUUUUGAGGGAGAAAACAUGGUUGCCGAUUCUGGUAAUAUAUUCGACUCGACAUUGCGUGGAGGCCGUUUGGGAGUCUUCUGCUUCUCUCAAGAAAUGAUCAUCUGGUCUGAUCUAGUUUACAGAUGUAAUGAUGAUGUACCUGAGGCAAUCUACCGAGAACUUCCCCCUAGACUGCAACAUGAGGUUCAUAUUGACACCAGUAAGCCGCUGCCAAAGAAAUAUGGUCUACCGUGAUAACAACUUCAGAGUGUUCAAAUUUCUAGGGAACAUACCAAGUGCCAUACUGAUGAUUUGUCAAUUUACCAGGGUUUUUUUUCAGGCAUGUAGAACCCUGAUAAUCUACGAGUUAUUGCAUAGCAUUUGACUUGUUUGGGUACACAAAAUUUCAAGAAAAUCACUUUCUCGGGUUCUAUCAAAAUAAAACAAUUGAAAUAGUAAAUUUAGAUUUAGGAGGAUUUUGUUUAAAUUGAAAUGUCUAUACAUAAUUUUGUUAUAUUCAAUAGAAAAAUAUUUGGGAUCCGAAUUUUUCAACACUCUUUCGUAGUUUUAAGCCUUGCGUGAUUAAUGCAACUUCCUUUUGUCAUAUCCCACCGUUGUAUUUGUAUUUUUGGCAAUCUCAACUAAUGAUGAUUAAGUAAUUAACAUUCUGAUUAAAAAGAUUUUAAGGUUUAGACUAACCUAUUUCUUUAAAUUUUGCGUAGACAUUUUACUUAUCGAUUUGUUUUUUACUCUGUUUAAAUUUAUGAAAGAAUUUUUGUUAUUUUUGUGUUGUCUAGGAAAUGAUCGGUUGUAAAAUUAGUUAGUAUUAAAAAAACUUUUUUUUUAUUUCUCACAGAAUGAUUCAACUGGACCCUGACUGCUUGAUUUUUUUGCCUAGAAUAGAAUAGUGCGUGCUUGCUAAAUCCCCGCAUACAUUUUCGACAAAUGACAUUGAAUACAAGCAAUGAAAAGCGAGAGUUUAUCAAGUAUUGUUACCAAAAAAUUAGACUCAAUAGCCAAGCUUUUCGACUGAUUUUCACAUAGAAUGACAAAACUCCAAUUUUACUAUUCAUUUUGGUUUCUUGGCAAAAACUCUCGGAUGCCGUGAUACAGACUAACAAAGCAGAGGAUUAAAAUAAAAUUACUGCAGAAAUUUUCUGGAGUAAAUAUUUCUUUCAUCUGUGUAUGAGUUAUGUAUAAAAUGUGAGGUUUGUUAUCACUACAAUGUAAAUUUGUAAAAUUUUUCAUGAAAUUUCUGAUCUUCAUAAAACUGAUUUUGAUUUUAACUGACUCUUGUGAUAGGAGACAUUGAAGAAAAACCACUUUAAACUGGUUUCAUCAUAUACUAUCUUGUAAUCCUCUCGUUAAAGAAAAAUGAAAAUGUUGUUUCGUUUCUUUCAUUGAGGAGCUAUGCAGAUUAGUGCUUGCUAUAAAAGAAGAAAAAUUAAUCAAUACCUGAGCAUUGUUUCUGUUGCAGACUUCUGUUGGUGAAAAGGAGAACAUUAAUUUUGUAAAAAUAGACUGAAAUAAAAUACAAAAAUGGAUGAGAGCUGAACUAAAUAAAUAAGAUGGUCACUCCUGUUUA